CAUGCCAAAAAAAGUUCAAGAAUCUCAAGGAUCAUUUCACAAAACUCAAGCAAGAGAUCAAGCAGAAGACCAGAAGUGGGGCUGGCACAAAAGAUAUACCCACAAUUAAGUGGAAACACUUCGAAGCAAUGGUUCCCAUUAUGGAAAAAGUGUAUGAAGAGCCUAUCCUUUGGAGCAAUCUGGAAUUAAAGGCGUCCCAACAAAUGGAAGAGCCAGCAGAAGGAGAUGAAGAACAUGAAAUGCUGGGGCAAGAUUGUCUGCAACAAGGUGGCAGCAGCUCGACCGACAGAAGUGUCCUUGCUGCUCCAACAGACAUUUUCCCCGCUGUAAGAAGUGCUCAUCAAACUCCGAGUGACACCUUCGAAACGUCGACAGAGGAAGACCAAGAUAGACACGUGGAGGAGCAAAUUGCAAGGCAAGGAUGUUGUUGCAUAUGCAGUGUGCCAAUAGAGGUACAGUGUGUUUAG